AUGGCACCACCGCUAGCGUUUGAUGAUGUGCUCGUCGAGAUUGGCACGUUUGGCCGGUUCCAGCUGCGGCAGUUCCUGCUCAUGAUACUGCCGCUCGUGUUUAACGCCUUUUCCAACCUUUCGUACGUGUUCACGGCGGCUGACCUCAAGUACAGAUGCUACAUCCCGGAGUGUGAGAAUCGAACCGAUGCGGCGUACCUUACCGAAUGGUUGCCGGCGGCCGUACCGUACCAACGCAACCAACCGGCCGGGUGUGAACGGUACGAAGCGUUUGUAAACAUCACCGGCGACUAUUUACAAUGCCAAGCGUCCGAUUUCAACCACUCCGCUAUCGCGCGAUGCUUCGACUUUGUGUAUGAAGAUAAAGCGGCCACAACGAUUGUGAAUGAAUUCAACUUGACGUGCGACGAGAACACGUGGAAGAUAACUCUCGUCGGUACGAUUCACAGCGUCGCCCAAGGGCUGGCGCUGCUGCUUGGUGGUUUAUUUUCGGAUCGCUACGGCCGCAAAUGGGCCCUGCUGCUAAGCAUCGGUCUGGGUUCGACCCUGGGCAUCGUGCGGUCCUUCUCCGUGAACUACGAGAUGUUUUUGGUGCUCGAGUUUUUGGAACCCCUGCUCGGUUCGACCAUGUACACGACGGCGUUCAUCCUCGGCCAGGAGCUCGUUGGACCGAAGCACCGUGUCUUUGCGAAGAGCCUCUGUUUGGUCGUGUUUGCACUUGGUGAAGCUACCAUGGGCGUCAUUGCGAUGUUCGUGCACAACUGGCGCUACUAUUUGCUGGCCCUGUUCGUACCGGGGCUCGUCUCCCUGGCCUUCCUGUGGGUGACGGCCGAAAGUGUGCGCUGGUUGCUUUCGAAGGGCCGCAACAGGGAAGCCAUCGUCAUACUGGAACGAGCGGCCACCGCUAACCGGCGAACGUUGUCGGAAAGUACGCUCAAGUACUUCGCCACCAAUGACUAUCAGCGUGAAACGCCCGACCUGCCGGCCAAUCCGUCGUUCUUCGAACAGCUGGCCGAGGUGUUCCGAUACAAGCGGCUAACGAUACGGCUGGCAAUCUGCUCGUUCUGCUGGUUCACGAACGUGAUGGUGUACUACGGGCUGACGCUGAACUCCGUCACGUUGGCCGGGGAUAAGAACGUUAACUUCAUCCUAAUCACGCUGGUCGAAAUACCUGGAGCCGUUUGCAUGAACUUUAUCCUGAACCGAUUCCCCCGCCGAAUGACACAGUUCGUGUCGCUGGCAGUGUGCGGAGUGCUGUGCCUGGUCACACUAGCCAUUCCCGAUGACGACAGCUGGAUCCACACGGCAAUGUUUCUGUUCAGCAAGAUGGCCAUAUCGUUUUCGUUCGGCGUGCUGUACAUCUACACGGCCGAAAUCUUUCCCACCAAUCUGCGGCAAAGCUUACUCUCCAUGUGCUCCAUGAUCGGUCGGCUGGGUUCGAUCGUCGCACCACAAAUGCCACUGCUUGCCAAGGUGUGGAAACCGCUGCCGAUGACACUGUUCGGGUCGAUUGCGCUACUGUCAGCCUUUACCAUUUUAGAAUUUCCCGAGACGGGCAAUGUUCGGCUACCGAACACGGCCAGCGAGGCGGAGAAUCUUAAAGCGAACAGUUUCGAUAGUGAUCGUUCAGAAUAAAAAGGGGAUAUGCUACGCGCAUAUCAUUAUUGCUAUAGCCACGUAAGCCACUGCCAAUUCCUACAACUUAUCGAUGACAACAGGAUCGCCAGUUCCUGUGGAAGUCAAUCAAUCAUCCGAUCAUCGCAUAAAAUGAUGAAACAAUUAGAUAACAAUUCAAAGGAAAUGACACUGGUACGCUUCCAACAGUUACGAUUCGAGGACUCGACCUUUGAUACUACUACCCGAACAAGCCAGUCCAGCGCGUUCGCGACCACAUACUCAUUUAAAAUCUAAACAAACACGCUGGAAGCAUCACCUCAUAUUUUAAAAGAUUAAACAUUAUCAGCGUCAAUGAGUGGCUCUGGCAGCUGAUAAUCAUUUAAAUGGGUUCCGCGUUUAUCACCGAGCCGUUUGC